AUGCUUCAGACCAGCGGCCAGAGGAAGAGCAGCGCCUCAGAAAAAGUUCUAAACGGCCAUCCCUCUACUCCUAUCAACAUCGCCACUCUCUCCAGCUACCUUUCUUCUCAUCCAGAUUUCUCUUUCGUCGACUACCUAAUUACAGGACUUUCUCAAGGAUUCCGGGUCGGCGCUUGUUCUCCCCUCUCCACCUCUUACGUCGCAAAAAAUCUUCAGUCUGCUUUAGCAGAACCAGAGACAGUUUCAAGCCUGUUAGACAAGGAGCUAAAUAAAGGCUAUUUAAUCAGCCCAUUUAGUGAAUCUCCCUUUUCCUUGUAUCGUAUCAAUUCCAUCGGCGUAGCUACACGCAAAUAUUCGGGGAAAAAGGGUCUGAUUUUCGACAUGUCGUCUCCACAUUCUAAUAGCGUAGCGAGCGUUAAUGAAUGCAUUCCUUCAGAGCCAUUUUCUCUGUACUACGCUUCGGUCGACGAUGCUAUCCAUCUAAUCAAACUAGCAGGUUACGGUGCUUGGCUAGCCAAAGCAGAUAUUACCGACGCUUUCAAGAUCAUGCCUAUUCACCCCUCUGAUUGGCAUCUCUUCGGCGUCAAAUGGGAAUCUCUGUUCUAUUUCGCUGUAAGACUCACGUUCGGCAGUAGAAGUAGUCCAAAUAUUUUUAAUUGUCUAUCUGAGGCUUUGUGCUGGAUCCUGCUGAACGUUUGUAAGCUCCCAUUCGUCUUACAUUUACUUGACGAUUUCUUACUUAUAGAUUUUCCCUCAACACAGAGCUCAGUACUGGAUUCGCUCAAAUCAUUAUUCAGCGAUGUAGGCGUGCCCCUUUCAAUCGAGAAAACCAUGGGUCCCGCUACUUCCCUUGAAUUUCUUGGUAUCAUUCUCGACUCGGUUCUGAUGCAAGCCUCUCUCCCCGACGACAAACUUUCCAGAAUAAGAGCGGUUCUGGAAUCUUUUCUCGUAGCCCGCACGGCUUCUAAACGCGACAUGCUCUCCCUACUCGGGCAUCUCAAUUUUGCCAUGAGAAUCAUUCCCCAAGGUCGUUCCUUCAUUUCUCGCCUCCUCACGCUCGCUCAUUCCGUUGACCGCCUGCAAGACGUGAUCUUCCUAGAUGACGGGUGCAGAUCAGACCUCAGGUUCUGGUCACACCUGCUCAAUAAUUGGAACGGCAUCUCUUUUUUUUAUAACGACGUUUACGAAUCAUCCGUUGCGCUAGAGCUUUUUACCGACGCAGCCCCCUCUAAAGGUUUUGGGGGUUUCUUUCAAGGGCAAUGGUUCUCAGAGAAAUGGCUUUCAGACGUCUCUGCCCAGAGGCGAACCAGAAUCCAACGCCAUGUCCGGACCUAG